GAUUAGAUUAUAUUGCAUUGGAAACAAUGAACAAUUGUGAAAAUGAGACCCAGUGCCACCGUUUCAAUAUAAUCAAACAUUUCUGCUGCUGAACUUCACAGACUUCUCUCUUGUGUAUAACCAACCAAUCCGCGCUUUCCUAAGUCAUGUGACUUCAGUUCCUGAUGUGUCGGAGUACGUAGAGAAAGUCUGUCAAAAGUUACUGUACCGGUAUUGACUAGAAACGUUUUGAAAACAGCGUAUUAUUAAGAUAAGACAGCAAUGGCAGAACACACAUUUGCGAUUUCGAUGGCGGGUUUCACUUUGUUUUGGGGAUUCGUUGGGGGAGUUGUCCCAUGGUUCAUUCCUAAAGGACCAAACCGAGGAGUCAUCAUCACCAUGCUAGUACUCACGGCCGUGAGCUGCUAUUUAUUUUGGCUGAUCGCAAUCCUGGCACAGCUUAAUCCACUGUUCGGACCGGCAUUGAGCAAUGACACCAUUUGGUACCUAAAUCAACACUGGUCGUAGUCACACAGACACAGGAGGUCAUCAUAACAGAGGACAAAAGACUUAAUCAGCACUUCAACACAAGGACCAAAACUUGCACCCUUUUUUUAAAACAACAACAACAAAAAAUCUCUACCGCUCGCAUAACUUAAGCUACUAACAAGAUUCAAUUUGAGGGUGUGCUUUUUGUUCAGAUAUACCCUGUCCUGGCUCUUCCAUUUGGGCCAAUGAAAUGCAGCGAGUACAGGAGCUGAGCUAGUAUUCAUUAACUUAACAUUAUUGUCAGUCCAACCAAGAAUAACGAAGCUUAUUGUGUUUUUUUUUUUAAGCUUUCCUGCAUGGAAAAGUUCUUUCUCUUGACCGACAAGAAAGUGCUGGUUUCUCAUCAGCUCAAAGUAUUAUUCGCCCUCUUUUUUGUUUGUCAAGUGUUGUGUUUCUGCUGAGUAACCUGUUAUUUAGUGAGAAGGCUGGCACGAGGCCCUGGAACGCGGGCAGAUUCUAAGUCAGCGGGUGCAUUGCAGACUCCUCGAGACUGCCCAAGGGCCUUGGACUCAGGCCUAAGCUGACAGUCUUGGACCCUCUCACCACAGUAGUCCAACCCCCCCUGCCACCGCCAGCACCCAAACACCCACCCGCCUGCUCACCCCCUUCUUAUUGAAGCCAUUUCAGAAUUGCUUUGGGAAGGACUCAAAAGAGUUCUUUACAAAACCACAAUGUCUCAAAAACUCCCUGAAAUCUUGGAAUUCCCACGUCCUGUAUGAACCCAUGUCUUGUGUCACUCUUGUCUAAAUGUGAGAUGAUUUAGUGCAAAAGAGUAAAUAACAUCAUGCUUGUGUUUCAUGUUUUCACUUCAAGGAUGCCUUUGUAUAUCUGAAGAUUUGCUGGUAUGUUGACGUAAUUAAUUAUUGAGAUUUUUUUGUAGCUUUAUGCUGCAAUUGAGCAGAAAAAUACACUGAUUUACCUUUUUAA